AUGGACCUGGUGGCGACGGUGGCGAGGCGGAGGACCCAAAACGACCACGGAGAGGGACAGGUCGGCGUGUGGAGGUUGAACGGGCAGUGCGUGUUCGAGGCCCAGUUCGAACGUGGUGACACCGGCGGCGGCGGCGGCGGCGUCGAUGAGGAUGACACGGGCCAGGGUGACGACGACGACUCGAAGAGAAAUGAAGAAGACGAAGAAGGAUGGAUCAGAGGCCUGGCUUGGAGAAGGGACGGACAAAUGCUGGCAGUCGCCUGUGCAGAUAGUACCGUCGCCUUGAUCAACGCGUUUACAGGCAAGAUCGCACAUCGAAUCACUACCGCGGCCACGGUGUCACAGUCAUCAUCAUCAUCACAAUCACAAUCACAAUCACAAUCAAGCUCAAAAUCCCCACGCCCUCACACACCCUCUUCCACUCCCACUUGCAUCUCUUGGAACACGCACUUUGCUGCCCCUACGUCCUCAGCCAUACGGACACGUCUGGAGGGACCCGAUUCUCAAGUCACCCUCGACGAGAUCCUCGGACUCAGAGCCGACGUGGACAAGCUCCUCCGCAUGAAGGCCGACUUGCCCCGCGAGCUGGGCGCGCUGGACAUCGAGGUAUCUCUACCUAAAUUGGCCACGCUGCCUCCUCUCGGCGUGGGCAGCGACGACGACAUCUUCAGCUCCAGAUCAAGCAUUGACGCCGUGUUCCAUGCCAAUGGCCAAGCCGGGUCUGGUCAUGGCGAUUCCGUUGACCGUGUCGAUGCGCUGCUGGUCGGCUUACAAAGUGACAACGGCGGCCACAGAUGUGCCGUACAUAUCCGCAUCUUUGACUCCUUCGAGAUUGGGACGGUGGAUGUCGGUGCGUGUCUGCCUGGUGGUUCCAAGGGUGGCAAAGUCGUCAAGAUUGAGAGUCACCCUUUCUUGUCGACUGCCCUUCUUGUUGUGGAACAGAUGACAGACGACGGCCCCGCGACUCUGCACUUGCUCGGUCUGGACAUGAGCUUCAUCUCCCAGACGGGCAGGCAUCUGCCUGUCGUGGCGAAGAAGGCGACACAGCUGGGCAAUUUGUUGCGUUACGUCGCCCAGAUCCACACGCAGCUUGCGUCUGAAGUCAAGGCCGCUUUUGAUCUCCCGGGCAGAUUUCUCCGGAACAUCAACGAGUACCUCGGCGACGGAGACGACUACGUUGACUUUGUGCACGCCGCACACCAUCUAGCCGUCACGGGCGAGUGCGAUGGCAAGCUGAAAGAGUGGUUGGUUGACGAGGUUGGAGAAAGGGGUCUGAAGAGGUGGGAGAAGGCCGUCGGGGAUUGCCUUGACAUUGUCCGGCGACUGACGAGCGAAUGUCUCAUGCCGGCGUUGGAGAGAUGUCAAGUGGUGUUGACGAGACUCGAUGGCCUCGCACAGUUUGGUCCGACGAGCUCGCGGUUAGGCCUGGAGGAGAAGAACGUGAGAAAGGUCAUGGAGACCGUGAAUGCCCUGGGGAUUCUCGCCGAGGACCUCCUCGCCGAUGUCAAGGUGGAGAUUGUCGAGUUUACUGCAUUCAUGAAGUGGCUGAAGUGGGAGUGUGAAGUCGAAGCCCUCGAGGAGACCAGUGAAAGGGCUGCGGAGCUCAGAGAAUCAUGGACGGGCGAGAACGAGUUGCUGAGGGUGUUGGACUAUGUCGGUGGCGCCAUGAAGGACAGCAGAAUCAAGAAAUACAUCGUCCCAGACGGCCCCGAGCAGUCGGCAGGUGCGCUGAUCGAGGACGAUACCGACGCUGGCUUCUUCCUCGACUACAUGAAGAGACGAGCGGCUCCUCCGCCAAAGGCUAAGAAGAACAAGAGUAUGCCUACCUUUGGCCAAGUGGUCGGACGCCUGCAGACGCAGGCCGAGAGAGUCUUCGCACAGAUUGCAGAGACUUUCAGAAAGAGCAUACUGCCCAGUCACAUGCUGGAGUUUCCGAGACGAUGUGAUGGACGCCGGUUGGAUCUCAGAAUCGUGCCGGACGUCCAUGACAGGACCAUCUACCGGCUCUAUUGCAUGGCAAGGGACCGUUCCGAAGAAGGCAGUCUACAGUACAUCAAGUCCAUCAUGCAGCAGGAUGGAGGAGGCAAAGGUCUGCGUUUCGGUCCGGCUGAACUGCCGCCAGCUCGGAUUCGCGAGGCGAAGAGCAUCCUAGACGUCAAGUUUGUCGACGAGGACACAUGCAUGGUUCUCGCCACAACGGAAACUGACAUCAGGAUAUUCUCACGGCUCCUCGCGAGCGAUGUCCAGGCAGACAAUUGGGAAGUACAUCAUGUUUUUGACUCUGGUAGGAUGAACGCUGGAAUGACACCGGCGAGACUCGAAGUCAAUGGGAGGGUAGGAAGGAGGGCCGUUGCGGUUGUAGAUGACGCUGGUCUGGGAUAUACUGUGCUCGACCUCGAUGCUGCUGAUGGAUCUGUGGAGGAAGAAGGCGAAGAAAUGGACGACGAGAUCAUGACCGGAUGA